CCGCAGCGUCGAUCCUCGAGCACCUGCUCCUACAUUCAGGUGGUGUCCGGUGAUUUAUGUGGCACUUUGGCAGAUGAGUGUGGGAUCACCCUCGACGACUUCUAUGAGUACAACUCGGCGUCGGACCUGUGCACCACGCUGGCGGUCGGUCAAUAUGUAUGCUGCUCUGCGGGAGACUUGCCCGACUUUGCGCCCACCGUGUCCGCGAACGGGACCUGUUAUACCUACUAUGUGCAAUGGGGCGAUUCCUGUUCCGCUUUGGCGGCGGCAUACAGUAUGACCGUCGAUGACAUUGAGAGUUUUAAUAGCGAGACCUGGGGCUGGUACGGCUGUAACGACCUGCAGGCGGGCCAGUCGAUGUGUCUGUCCAACGGCACCGCUCCAUACCCCGAGCCGAUUACCAAUGCAGUUUGUGGUCCGCAGGUGCCCGACACCAAUUUCACCGGCACUGAUGGCCCGGCCGAUUGGGCCUUGUUGAAUCCGUGUCCGCUUAAUGCCUGUUGCGACGUGUGGGGUCAAUGCGGGACCACCCCUGACUACUGCAACGAUACGAGUGCCGCUACCGGGGCGCCGGGAACCGCGGCGAAUAACUCGAAUGGCUGCAUCUCUAACUGUGGUACCACGAUCACCAACUGGGCGAAUGCCCCCGCUACCUAUGCCUCAGUCGGGUACUUUGAAGGCUACAAUGUGAACCGCACCUGUCUCCGCAUGAAUGCUUACACUAUCGACCCGGCAAAAUACACCCACGUUCACUACGGCUUCGGAAGUAUUGCCUCGGAUUUCUCGGUUGCCUCGGGUCCUAAUCCGGACCAGUUUAAGUACUUCACUGAGCUGCUUGGUGUCAAACGCGUGGUCUCGUUUGGUGGUUGGGCGUUCUCCACCGACCCCAGCACGUACAUGAUCUUCCGCGAGGGAGUAACGGAAGAGAACCGGGACACGUUGGCGGCGAACAUCGCUGAUUUCGUCACCGACAAUGUGCUGGAUGGAGUUGAUUUUGAUUGGGAGUACCCCGGCGAGCCGGAUAUUCCGGGCAUCCCAGCCGGCAGCGACGAGGACGGCGACAACUAUCUGGCUUUCUUGAAGGUGGUCCGCGAGAAACUAGGCUCAGACAAGAUCAUCUCGAUCGCGGCCCCGGCCUCCUACUGGUACCUGAAAGCAUUCCCCAUCGCCGAGAUCGCCGAUGUAGUAGACUACAUCAUAUACAUGACGUACGAUCUUCACGGGACAUGGGAUCUCGGUGACGCAUCCGCGCAGUCUGGCUGUCCGGCGGGCGACUGCCUUUUCUCGCACGUCAAUAUGACUGAGACCAUGUGGUCCCUGGCCAUGAUCACGAAGGCAGGGGUCGCGACUGAUUCAUUGAUGGUGGGCGUGGCCAGCUAUGGACGGUCCUUCCAGAUGACCACCGCCGGCUGCACCGACUCCUCGUGCACCUGGGACGCCGCCGGCGCAGCGGGACCCUGCACCGAUACAGCCGGGUAUAUCGCGAACGCAGAGAUCAACGAGAUCCUCGCAAGCAACCCCUCCGCGACAUACUCGUAUGAGACGGACAGUCAAACGGACAUCCUCGUCUACAACGAAACCCAAUGGGUGGGGUAUAUGUCAAACUCCACCAUGAGCAAGCGGCAUGCCUAUUACCAAGCUUACAACUUUGCGGGAACGACCGAAUGGGCGAUCGAUCUGGAAGAAUAC